UCUCCCGGAAACAUGGUUGUUUUGGUAGGGGCUAGUAUAACACUCCUUUGUCAAAAGGUAAAACUACACAUAAACUAGCCAUCUUUCACCUCCGGAUUAACUACGCUCGUCAGGAUAAGCUUCAUUAUGUUCUCUCAGAGUCGAUGAAACGAACUGUGUUUCGAGGAAAGGACAGAUAUUUGGUUAUUUUGGUGAACGAAAGCUAGCUGACGUUAGCGGUUAGCUAGCUUGUCACUGUCAACAAGCCGUGUUCAGAAUGGACUGCACGGCUCUGGAGAUCGAUGCGUUCAAAUUUGCCAAAACAGCUGUCACCUAUGACCAGAGUGGCAAAUACAAUGAGGCUGUAUUUUACUAUAAGGAGGCAGCCCAGGCCCUGAUAUAUUCUGGGAUGGCCGGGUCCAAACUGGAGGGGAUCCAGGACAAAGUGAAUGAGUAUCUGGACCGAGUCCAAGCCCUCCACAAUGCAGUCCAGGCCCAGAAGAUAGACCCGCUGAAGUCCAGGCAGCAUUUGGACCUGGAGCGCGCUCACUUCCUGGUCACUCAGGCCUUUGAGGAAGAUGAGAAGGGGAAUGACGAUGAAGCCGUUGAGCUGUACACUCAGGCUGUGGAGCUGUGCAUCAACACGUCGAACGAGACCUCGGACCAGGCGCUGCAGACCAAGCUGAAGCAGCUGGCUCGUCAAGCUUUAGACAGAGCGGAGGGUCUCAAACAAUCCCAGUCCAAACUCACUCCAACUCAGGACCGACCGGGCCCUCCUGGAGCCAAACCCAGCAGCAGCAGCGGCGGCGUCGGCGGUGGCUCUUCUGGGGGUCCGGUCCGCCAGUUCUUCCCCCUCGGGCCGGACUUCAGCAUCCACGACCGGCCGCAGCCCCAGCCGGUGCGGGCAGUGCAGAGCAGCGAGCCCACGGGUCAGCGCUACACCUCCGAGGAGAUCGAGGUGCUCAGGAGUACAUCCACCAUCAACGGCAUCGCCUACGUGCCCUUCAUGAGCGUGGACCUGAGGGAGCGCUUCGCCUUCCCGGUCCCUUUCUCGGACAAACUAGGGAAACUGGCGCUGUCUCCCAAGCAGAAAGCCAUCUUCUCUCGCUGGGUUCGGCCGGACGAGCUGUGCAACAACCCAACCAUGAUCAUGUCCGUGUCCAGCUUCAGCAUCAAACAGACGGUGGUGUCGGAUUGUUCCUUUGUGGCGUCGCUCGCCAUCAGCGCCGCUUACGAGAGGCGCUACAACAAGAAACUCAUCACCAGUGUCAUCUACCCUCAGAACAGGCGAGGGGAGCCGGAGUAUAACCCCUGUGGGAAGUACAUGGUGAAGCUUCACAUCAAUGGCGUUCCCAGGAAGGUGAUCAUAGACGACUUCCUGCCGGUGGACCGUAACGGGGAGCUGCUGUGCUCGUACUCCAGCAACCGGAACGAGCUGUGGGUGUCUCUGAUAGAGAAGGCCUACAUGAAGGUGAUGGGAGGGUACGACUUCCCCGGAUCCAACUCGAACAUCGACCUGCACGCGCUCACCGGCUGGAUCCCUGAACGCAUCGCCAUGCACUCAGACAAUCAGUCCUUCAGCAAGGACGACACUUUCCGCAUGCUGUUCCAGAGGUUUCACAGAGGUGACGUCCUCAUCACCACAGCAACAGGGGUGAUGACAGAGGAGGAAGGGGAGAGAUGGGGUUUAGUGCCGACUCACGCCUACGCUGUCCUCGACAUCAGGGAACACAAGGGAAUGCGUUUCCUGCAGCUGAAGAACCCGUGGAGUCACCUGCGAUGGAAGGGCCGUUACAGCGAGCGCGACGAGAAGAACUGGACCCCCGACCUCCUCAAGUACCUCAACUUUGACCCCAAAACUGCACAGAAGUUUGAUAACGGUGUUUUCUGGAUCGCGUUCGAGGACCUCUGCCAGUACUAUGAUGUCAUCUACCUGAGCUGGAACCCCGCCCUGUUCAAGGAAUCCUCCUGCAUUCACAGCAGCUGGGAUGGGAAGCAGGGUCCGGUGAAGGAUGUCUACAGUCUGGCCAACAACCCGCAGUACAAGCUGGAGGUGCAGUGUCCAGCAGGGGGCGCCGCCGUGUGGGUGCUGCUCACCAGACACAUCACAGACAAGGAUGAUUUUGCACAAAACAGAGAGUUCAUCACUUUGGUUGUUUACAAAACCGACGGGAAGAAGGUUUACUACCCAGCGGACCCCCCUCCCUACAUCGACGGUAUCCGGAUCAACAGCCCGCACUACCUGACCAAGAUGAGGCUGACCAGCGCUGGCACACACACCUUCACGCUGGUGGUGUCCCAGUAUGAGAAGCAGAACACCAUCAACUACACACUGCGGGUUUACACCGGGUGCAAAUUCACCUUCUCCAAGAUCCCCAACCCCUUCACUCAGACCAAAAGGGUGAACGGUCAGUGGAAGGGUCCCAGUGCUGGAGGCUGUGGGAACUAUAAGGACUCGUACAAACACAACCCCAUCUAUCAGAUCAACAUGGAGCGGCCGGGACCGCUGCUCAUCGAGCUCCGAGGAUCCAGGCAGUACAGUGUUGGUUUUGAGAUGGUGACGGUGUCCAUGGUGGGCGAUCCGGGGCCCGCCGGCUUCCAGAAGAAAAACAGCGGAGAUUACAGGUGUGGGUUCUGCUACAUGGAGGCGGAGCUCGUCCCCGCCGGCCUCUACAACGUUAUCCCCACCACAUUCCUGCCCAAACAGGAAGGACCCUUCUUCCUGGACUUCUCCAGCACCGCGGCGCUCAAAGUCUCCCAGCUCCAGUGAAGGAGGAGGAGGAGGAGGAUUAUUAUGGGAUGUACUGUGACGACGUUUCAAGGCCUCAAAGAACACAAAGAAUGUUUCACAGCCUUCCUUAAACUCCAGAUGACACCUGAGGACAGAUCGUAGGGAGGAUCCGCAGUGAUGGAACUUCAGUCCAGGCGUUCUUUGGACACGUUUUCACCUUCCGCCAAAACAGAGCAAAGAGUUACAGUGAUGAUACAUCAUUACAGGGUUACGCUAUUUUAUAGUGUGGAGGAUUUCAAAUUGAAGCUUCAUCUUUUUCUUUUUUAGUUUCGCUUCACCUGAACACAGCUGGGGAUUUCAGGUUAAAUAAUCUGCAGCCAAAAAGAGGAACAGCUGUUUAGGGUUUCUGGAGGAGCAGGAACAGAGAGACAGUUUCCUGCAAAGUUUCCUUAAUUCUCAGGAGCUGUGUGUGUGUGUGUGUGUGUGUGUGUGUGUGUGUGUGUGUGUGUGUGUGUGUGUGUGUGUGUGUGUGUGUGUGUGUGUACGUACGUGUGUGUGAACAUGUUUGAUUGUCGCUAUCAACCUUCUACAAGUCAGAGAAAAUGUAAAUGUGUUGCCAAGUUCACCUCCUCUGUUUACCUGUUUAUUGACAGCACUUUUUCUCCCUAUGGUUUCCUCAGAUAUGAUCCUUUUGUUCCCUGAACUCUUUUCAGAAAAGCCUCGCUCACCUUGCUGCUUCUACCUGAGAUUGCUCUGUACGAAAUUUGACUAAUCAGCACUUAAAACGACACAGUGAUUUGAUCUGCAACACUGCAGAGCUUUGCAUCUUGAAGUCUCACUCUACGUCAGCGGAGUGAGAUCUGCGGCUGCAUGCUGAUCAGCAUCAUACGGUUUAAUGUUCAUAUAAGUUAUGAUGCAUCAUGAGGAAGCAGUCUUUCAGGAGCAGGAAGCGAUGCCCUUUAUUUGCACAUAAUAAUUGUGUCUGCAGAAUGCACAGCUGUGUUCAUUCUGAGGGCUUUGGUACAUGUCGGCACACAAAGUGGUCCUGUGUUUACGGACUGUGCGCUGCUGGAGUGAAUGUAAACCGUCUGCAAGCAAUAUUAUAUCAUAGUGAAAUGUUAGAUAACGGUGGUUUAAAACUCAGAGAAGCAGCGAAUGAUCACAUUUCAGAUCCUGGAGCGAGAUGUGUUGGUGAACUUUUAGCAUUUCUGCGCAUUAAAUGACUCAAAGCGAAUACAUGAUUCAAACUGAUGUCGUACGAAGAGGAUUGGGGCCAAAUGUGAGCUUUGUUUCUACGUGACCCUCCUCUUCCUGAUUCAAGUUUUAUUAUUUGACUUUUUGAUAAUUUGACACUGACUGUGGACAGAAUUACAAAACAAAUCACAAUAUAAUCCACAGAUGCUUUAUUUUGGGUUAUUUCUCUCUCGCUUUGGCUUUUAAAACAUAUCAUUUAUAAGGUUUUUUGCAGAUUCUGUUUGUGAUACACUCUACCUGGUACUUGUUUGGGAAGAAUGGUGACUUUUUUGACUCAUAAUUACUGUUAACAUUAAUUAAGAGUAGGUUGAAACGUUUAAAGAGUGAAAUAUAGCUUUAAAUUGCCAAGUAUUUCUGUCCGAUAUCCGCUCGAUAAAUCAUCCUCAUCAUCAUCAUCAUCAUCAUCCUCAUAAUGAAUGCCAUAUCCAGUCUCUUUAACGUACCGGACAAUCUUGCAGCCGCCUGUUGUUUGAAUGAUGUUUGCAGAACUUGCACUAUAUGUGGGGCUGACGUGUUCAAAGUCUGAAUACAGAACUGGUAUCUGAA